AUGUCAACAUCGCAAGACCGCCCUUCAUCCAAUCGCGAUUCCCAUUCCCAUUCCCACCGUCCACGCUCCGACUCGCGCUCUCGGUCGCGCUCCCCGGACAGGCGCAAAAGACAUCAUCACCACUGCCGCCACUACAACGGCCAUCGCCAUCGUCAUAGCCAUCACGAUCGCCAUAACCGACACCAUGAUCAUGAUCGUCACGAGGGAAAUCUCCCUGUUGUUGUCCUCCCGUUCCAGGCCCGAGAACUCUCCAAGCGCGAUUUGGCCCUGUUUGAACCCAUGUUUGCCAUGUACCUGGACAUCCAGAAGGGACUUAUAUUGGAAGAGUUAAGUGAAGAAGAGGUUAAGGGACGAUGGAAGAGUUUUAUGGGGAAAUGGAACCGUGGAGAACUCGCAGAAGGGUGGUACGAUCCAAAUACCUUGGAAAGAGCCCGUCGCGAUAUUCAGACUCAUCCAGCACCACAUCCGAACCGCGGAUCGCCGGACUACGGAGAUCAAUCCGGGAAACGAGAUGAGUCGUUAGACCUAGAGCGAAGGACAAGAGAGUCAGACGUCAGGGAUGGUGCUGAAGAUGAUGACGAUGAAUAUGGACCGGAUUUGCCGUAUGGACACGGAGCUCAGAAGGGUCAGCUGUCGGGGCCGGCGAUUCCUACAAUGCAGGAUCUAGAAUUGCGAAAUGAAUUCACUCUUGAUGAGGCUAUUGUGUCCCGUCAGGACGCCCAGAAACACCGCCGUGCCGAGCUCCGUGCGCACCGAUCCGAGCUCCGACAUAUAGAAGACGAAGUGGCGCCACGCGCAGAACCGGGAACGCAUGAGCGGCGCAUGGAGAAGCGUAAAGAAGCCGCUGCGGCGAAUCGCGCCUUCGCAGAAACCCGGCGAGGAGGCUCCCCCACGGACGCUGCUCCUGAAGAAGAGUUGAUGGGCUCCGGCACCAACGAUUUCGAGGCGAUGAAAAAGGACCGGGAGCGGGAACAGCGCAAGAAGAACGAGCGGGAGAUCAGGAGAGAAGAAAUUCUGCGAGCCAGAGCGGCCGAGCGCGAAGAACGGUUGCAGCAAUAUCGACGGAAGGAAGAUGAGACGAUUGGGUGGCUGAAGACCCUGGCGAAGCAAAGAUUUGGGUAA